AUGUUCAAUAGUGCGGCAACAUUCCUGGACACAUGUGGCAAGCUGACUCAGGAUAAUGCAAUGAAGCAAUUGUCGCAAGUGCUCUCCAAACUAAACAUGGAUAUGCUAAAUGAUGACAGUACUACCGAAGAUUUUAUAACCGCUCAGAAGAAAGUGCAAAAAAUGUGCAGAAGCGGUACUUUCCAAUCCUCUGAAGAGGCGCAAAAUGUAGCAUUGAUCAUCGCCGGUGAUGUGGAGGCAAUCAAGUCGGCUGCUGCAAAUCUAGAAAAUUGGUUCGAAUUGGUCCCUCCAUACCUGUUUUUUGCACAGCCACGUGCUACGCUUCCGCAAUUGAGGGACAUUGUAAAGGUGAGUUAUUUUGACCGAUUUAUUUGA